UCAACCGCCUUAUUUUACAAGCAGUCGUGUCAUAACUGAUAUACACAAAAUUUCAAUAUUCCGGUCUUUAGAAUUCUAGUAUUUACAUAAAAUGGAAGCUCUAUUUACCUUGCCGUUUAGUGUGCUUGAAAUUCCUAACAUAAAGAUUAAAAAACCAUCAUGGCUCCAAGCGCCAUCAGCUAUGACAACGUUUUCCUUAGUUCUUCUCUCGUAUUUUCUUGUAACGGGAGGAAUAAUUUAUGAUGUUAUUGUGGAGCCACCCAGUGUUGGUUCGACGACGGAUGAACAUGGGCACAGUAGGCCAGUAGCUUUUAUGCCAAAUAGAGUUAACGGUCAAUAUAUUAUGGAAGGCUUGGCAUCGAGUUUCCUCUUCUCACUUGGUGGACUUGGAUUUAUUAUUCUGGAUCGCACUCACAACCCUACAACACCUAAAUUAAACAGAAUUCUUCUUAUAUCUGUUGCCUUCCUUUGUAUUCUUGUCUCAUUCUUUACAACAUGGAUCUUUAUGAGAAUGAAGCUUCCAGGAUACUUACAGAACUAGUAAUAAUAUUAAAAAUAGACUUGUUUAAGAUUGAAAUGUAUCAAUUUUUAUUUUAAUAAAUUUUUUUAUACAGAA